AUGGCCUCGAUGCGGACGAAGUGGCCCAGCCGUGUGAUGACUCGCUGGCUGUUCAUCUGGGCACGUGGUGUCAUCCUCGGGCCGCUGGACGCAGUUGACCAGAUCAUUGGGUGCGAUGUUGGUCAAGUACACCGGCCAUCUGGUCCGCCGCAGCCAUGGGUUGGCUUCAUCGUGCUCCCCGGCCUGGAUGAUAUUGCUGGUCUGCCGUUGCUGUUCCUGGUAAAAUCGCUCCAGCUCAUCAAUGGCCUGGCUGGCUCUGUUCUGGUCUGGCGUGCCGGUAUGCUCAGUAGUCUCCUUAGUCUGGAUCUCCACAUUGUCCCACUGUUCAAUGUUCUCCUUUAUCUGCUGAACCACCGCAUGCUUUAG